AUGCCUUCACAUAAGCCAACGCCUCCUCCUUAUGAUGUCGCCGUCGAUGUUGUCAUCGUUGGGGCCGGAUUUGGCGGUUGCUAUGCACUUCACGAAAUGCGUCGUCAAGGCUACACAGCCAAGAUUCUUGAAGCUGAAGCUGACUUCGGUGGUGUUUGGCACUUCAACAGAUACCCCGGUGUCAGGGUUGACUCCGAGACUCCUGUGUACCAGCUAAGUCUGCCCAAUGUCACAGACUCUUUCAACUUUACAGAAAGAUUCCCUGACGGCGAGGAGCUGCGGCGAUACUUUGCCCAUCUGGAUCAGACUCUAGAUCUACGCAAAGAUACCAUCUUCAAUACUAGAGUCAUUGGCGUUCACUUCGAUGAAACAAAAACUACAUGGUCUUUCUCCACAGAGUCAGGAUUGCGCGCUACCUCCCGAUACGUCAUCUUCGCGUCCGGGUCGACCAACAAGGCCUUCAUUCCCAAUUUCCCCGGCAUCGAACGGUUCAACGGAACCCUUAUUCAUCCUUCAUCCUGGUUACAGAAUCUUGAUGUAAAGGGGAAGAAGAUUGGAAUCAUUGGCCAGGGUGCCUCCGGAGUCCAAAUACUUCAGACCCUUGCGAAACAAGAUUGCGAGGUGACCGUGUUUAUUCGGACUCCCUGCACAGCGAUGCCGAUGGGUCAGAGACCCAUAUCCACUAGAGAGUCGGAAGAGUUGAAGAAUCUCUAUGACGGUAUCUUCACCAAGGCAAAAUACAACAGUUCGGCAGGGUAUGCCUAUAAUCCCUGCCACGCUUCUUACAACGACCUAAGCAAAGAAGAGCGCCAUCAAUAUUACGAGAAGCUAUGGGCAAGGGGCGGGUACGGUUUCUUAUCGAGCAACUUUCCAGAAAACAUGUUCAGCAAAGAGGCAAAUGCAGAGGUGUACGACUUCUGGGUAAACAAGGUGCGAGCACGCAUGACCGACCCUGUCAAACGCGACAUUGUUGCUCCCCUGAAGCAGUUUCAAUGGAUUGGAACAAAGCGGCCCAGCUUGGAGAUGAACUAUUACGAGAUGCUGGACCGCCCUAACGUCAAGCUCGUGGACCUGAAGAGCACGCCAAUCAAAGAAUUUACAAGUGGCGGAAUCACCACGAUUGACGACAAAGCUCAUGAGCUGGAUGUUGUGGUUUUUGCUACUGGCUACGAUUCUGUGACAGGAAGCCUUUAUGACAUGAAUAUCAACGACAAGGGCGGCAAUUCGCUGCAGAAGAAAUGGGAAGAGGGAAUCAAGACGUAUCUCGGAAUGAUGGUUCCUGGACUUCCCAAUGCCUUCAUCCUUUACGGCCCACAGGCCCCGACCGCGCUGGCAAACGGUCCUCCAUUUCUCGAACUUCAAGUCGAAUGGGUCACCAAGCUUCUAGAUAAUAUGAAGAAAGACAAGGUACAGACAGUCGAGGUCUCUAGUGAGGCGGCAGAGGCAUGGGGACAAGCCUCCUCAGACACGUUCGAAAUGCUGCUCCAUCGGGAGACUCCGUCUUGGUGGAAUGGAGCGAAUAUCCCUGGCAAGAGGAGAGAACCGCUGAUCUGGCACGGCGGUAUCCCGGCUUGGUGGAAGGAGUGUUCCAAUGCACUCGCAGAUUGGUCCAAAUUUACUGUCAGCAAGUAA